AUGUCGUCAGAGGAGAAGUUGACAGCUCUGUACGCACGCCGUCAAGAGAUUCUGAAAGACCUCUCUGAGGUGGACACAAGUAUUAAGUGCCUGGAGAGCGAGAUCCAAACCAAGGCUACAGAGGCGGCGAAGCGUACCAUUGACGAGAAUAAGUCAGGUAAUGUGGAUCUGGAUCGAGUAAACGAGGUGAUCGCCAGCUGUGUGCGGGAUGCCGUGGGCCUGCGAGAUGCACUCAAGGUGGUUGAAGCGUGUCGCUACGUACAGGAAUUCGGCAAAGAGGACGACGCUGCGCGGCAGAAGAUCCCGUUCAGAAACGUGUUCGUGCAGGAGUGCAUUCGACAUGCGCUCGACCUGUCCAACGACGCGAACGGAAGUGAGCUGAUGCAGCAUCUCAUGCCGCUGCUGCGCUCGGGUACCACGUCUGCCACAAUGGGCGACGUUUCCUACGACCCUACGACGAACAAUCAUCACCUAUCGGAGGUGCUGCUGCUGAUUAGCGAGCUCUCCGGUGACAUUGUCACGGUGGCGUGCAACACAAAUGGCGCGCGUGUCUCGCAGCGCAUUAUCGAUGCGUUGUGUACGUGUGAAGAGUUCGAUGUGUACACCACGCUCUUGGAGCCAUCGAUUGUCGACGUCGCAAAGGACAUUAACGGCAACCACUCCCUUUCAAAGCUGAUCACGUCUUCGCGGUUUUGCCAGCUGGGGGACUCUGACGCGAGUGUCUCCGGCGCGGUUGUGAUCUACGAGCGCAUUUUUCAGAAGAUAGCUGAUAACUGCAUUGACAUUUGCAAAAACCGUCAGGGGUGCUGCAUCAUUCAGAAGUGCCUGCAACACGCCCCCAAGCCGUAUCACACUACAAUCAUCAACACAGUGCUCAACAACUCACUGAAGCUCGUGCAGGAUCCUUUUGGUAACUACGUCGUUCAGUUCAUUCUCGACAAACAGCAAGACAUCAACGGUUCACAGGAGGACGGUGAUGACGACACCUUGCCGACGGCGCCGAACUACACCAAUCAGAUUAUUAGACAGAUGCUUCAUCACGUGGCGGAGCUCUCGUGCAACAAGUUUAGCAGCAACGUCAUAGAGAAAUGCUUGAAGACGUCGUCGCCGGACGUACGACAACUCUUGGUCGAUGAGCUGACGGCCCCGCACGUCUUGCCGAAGCUGCUGACGGAUAGCUUUGCGAAUUACGUCAUUCAGACCGCCAUUUCAACUGCCUCCGACGACGGACAGCUUACGCAAUUGCGCAAUGCGAUUAUACCUCUGCAGAGUCUGCUGAAGAACUCGCCGUACGGCGUGAAGAUUGAGUCGAAGCUGUCGCGACGCCACCGCGAGGCAGCACGGCGUAUGCUGAAGAAGAAAGAGGGUGCCCCAAGCGUCACUCAGCUCCCCGCGCAGCCGGAGGCGAUUCUUCCGCCGUACAUGCCCCCGCAAGGACUGUCGGCCAUCCCUAUGAUGGCGCGCGACGCUUCCAUGGGUCAGCAGGUGCCCUUCACCAACCUGAAUGCGGACAUGAACUCGUUUUUGCAGCCACAGCAGGUGAUAGGCAUGCCUUUUCUGCUGCAGGCGCAGCAGAUGAUCAGCAUUCCCAACGCGUCACCGCAGUCCUUCACUGUGAGCAUGCUUGGUGGCAGCAGCAUCCCCGAGUACCGCUAA